AUGACCAAAUUCCGCCCUUGCAUAGACCUCCACGCGGGCAGCGUAAAGCAGAUCGUCGGCGGCACAUUGACAACCACCACCUCUGAACUCAAGACAAACUUUACGUCCAAGUUGCCGUCAUCCUACUAUGCAAAGCUAUACAAGGAGAAUGCGUUGGAAGGUGCCCAUGUGAUCAUGCUGGGGCCUGGGAAUGAGGACGCUUGCAGAGAGGCUUGUGAAGCUUGGCCAGGACAUUUGCAGGUUGGUGGUGGCAUCAAGGACGAUAAUGCCAGAGAGUGGAUUGAGAAGGGUGCUAGCAAGGUGAGUCUUUUACUCUUCCAUAUCGCUAUUUCGAUGUUUCUUUCUCUGGGACUUGCAAACGACAAGAAACAUGUUUUGGAUGAUUUGGUAUUGCAGAUGUGCAAGAAGUAUAUGCUAAGACUAUUGCGUUUCNNUAUAAAGGUCAUCAUCACAUCUUUCCUCUUUCCCUCUGGCAAAUUCUCCUUGGAACGCUUGCAAUCAGUGCUCAAGGCUCUGGACAACGACACGUCGAAGCUCGUCAUUGAUCUGAGUUGCCGUCGCAAAGGCGAUACAUGGUUUGUCGCCAUGAACAAAUGGCAAGACCUUACCGAUAUGGAGUUGACUGCCGGUAUGUCUGCGCAUUUGCUGUCCGGCUCAUCCUGGACACUUCAAAACACAUUGGUCAUCUAUCUGGCCUUUGUCCGUGCAUGCAUGCUAAUGAACAUGCUAGAAUCCAUCUCCCUGCUUCAACCCUACUGCUCAGAAUUUCUUAUUCACGCGGCCGACAAUGAAGGCUUGCAACAAGGUAUUGACGAAGAGCUGGUUCGCAAACUCUCCGCUUGGUCAGCGAUUCCUGUCACUUAUGCAGGAGGUGGUCGCAACUUGCAAGAUCUCGAAUUGGUCGAGAGUUUGAGUGGUGGAAAGGUAGAUUUGACUAUCGGAAGCGCGUUGGAUGUGUUUGGCGGUAACGGGGUCAAGUUUGAUGAGUGUUGUCAGUGGAACAAGUCGAGGGUGUAG